CACUUCACCAAAGGUCUCAAAACAAUGACUGCGAUGACCCCAGAAAAUUUCAGUCAAAGGAAUACAAGUGCUACACCUGAUGUAGAUGAUUUUUUGGUUAACUUGCCUCAGUAUCUCAUCACCAUGUCUAUCACUGUUUCCUCCCUGGUCUCUGUCCUCGGUGUGCUCGGGAAUGGAUUGGUUAUCUGGGUGACCGGGUUCAGGAUGAAGAAAUCUGCUAACACAGUUUGGUACCUCCACCUUGCUGUGGCCGACUUCAUCUUUGCAGCAUUUCUGCCCUUUAGUGUGACAUUCCUGGCUUUGCGGUUUCACUGGCCUUUCGGUAAUUUCAUGUGCAAGCUGGACGCCACUACAGUCUCUCUGAACAUGUUUGCCAGUGUCUACAUUCUGGUGGUGAUCAGUGUGGACAGAUGUGUGUCUGUGGUGUGGCCUGUCUGGGCUCAGAACCACCGAAAUGUGCGCAACGCAUUCUAUGCGAGUCUGUGUGUUUGGGUGGUGGCUUUGAUUGUCAACAUUCAAUAUUUUUUUUACAUGCACACAGAGGAAGUGUCUAAAGACGCAACUUACUGCUUCAGCAGUGUUGAGGAUUUUAAAUAUGCAACACCAUCUGUCUUUCAUACCAUUUCUACGAUCCACUUCCUUCUUGGAUUUGCAGUCCCCUUCACUGUCAUUGUCUCUUGUUAUGCUGUCAUCAUCCAUCGUCUCAGGAGAAACCGCACACUGGCCAGCCAAUCAAGUCGCCCCUUUAAAGUUAUUGCUUCUGUUAUUGUCACUUUUUUUCUGUGCUGGGCUCCCUAUCACAUCAUUCAGCUGGUGGUAUUUAUGGUACCAAAUGCACUAUUUAACUAUGCCAUUCUAAAUGGGAUCUUUGUUGCCACAAAUUUGGUCACUCUUCACUGCUGCUUGAAUCCACUGCUGUAUGUCUUCUUGAGACAAGAUUUUAAGGAUGAAAUCCGAAAAUCUAUCCUGAAUGUGCUGGAGAGUGCCUUCCAGGAAGAGGAGACACACUCUCCCAGUGACAUGAAGUCAGUGAACACCAGGCAGAGCAGAGAGAAGUCAGGUUUGAUUACUGAGGUAUAAGGCUGUAUAUGAGGUAAAUAAACAUGUUAAAAUCUUUAGUAGAAAAUUUCUUUUUUUACUAGCUGUAAAUAUUACUCCAGAGUAAAUCUUUAUAAAUCUUUAUAAACCUUUAAUAAAUGAAACUUUGUUUAAUUUUGUUCAAAUAAACCCCGCUCAUAAAAUUAUGAAAGCAGCUAAUGGUACAAAUGGUACUGUGAUGUAUUAUUUCUGUGCUGUGUUGUUUUUCUUGCCUCUUCAGCUCACAGCUCUACAUCAACUUUGUGCUAUUAUCAUUAUUAUUAUUAUUAUUGCUUUAACUAACUCAUGAAGUCUGCCAUUCAUUUCCAUAUAUUAAUAAUCAGUGUUAUGUUUUAUGUCAAUAUCUUAUUAUGAGCUGACCACCACUGAGUUCUCAUGUAAACAUUUACAUUUUAUAUUAAAUAUUUGACAUUCCUACAUUUCCAUUAUUAACAUAUAUGACUAUUAUAUAAUUAUCAUUAUGUUACUAUCUCAGACAAUCUCACUGAUAGUUUCUCUCUUUAAAAGUUUUUUUGACCCCAGAGACAUCAAUAAAUAAUAACAAUAGUGAUCAUUCGUAUUAUAUUUAUACUUACAUUUUAUUUUAUUUAUUUAUCAGCCAAGGUGUUUAAAAAACUAUGGGCCAUUAUCACAAGAGGUUUUUGUCAGUUUGUUAAAGUUUUCUAUUCCCAUUCUGGUCAAAUUUGGCUUCAUCGUUUGUUUACAGUACAGUUACAGAGCCAAGUGACAACAAAUCAAAAGACUGCUGCCUGUCAGUGGCCAAGAGCAACCUGUAUUAAGUUUGAAUACUGUUAUAAAUUGAAACAGAACUUAUAACUUUAUUAGUGUGUAAAUAGUUUUUCACUGUUCUAUUUAACUUUUGGUGACAGUAGAAAGACUGAAGCAGGGGAUCGAGUGGGAGAGAAAGGGAGAAAGCUGGAUGAAGAUGGCAAAAAGAGAGAGAGCGCAACAGAAAUAAGUAAGAGCAGACGUGUAGUCAAAGUCAACAAAAAAUUUAAAAGCCAACAUCGCUUCCAUCUAGUUCAUAUUCAUUGAUGAUGAUGUCACAUAACUGUAUUCUAGGCAGUGU